AAAAGUAUCCGCGGUUUUUUGUCACUAGAUGGUGUUAUCAUGUAUCGGACAAUAUUAAUCCGAUUGUGUCAAACGAACGCGCGUUUGAAAGAUGACAUUUUAGGUUACAUUUUUUGUAAACAAAGUUUAGUAAUUCAUCAAUUGUGUCAAAAGUUAUAUUGGUUUGAAAAUGAGUGAAAUUUCUGAAGAAAUACGUUAUGUGAUGCUUUUUUACUACAAAAAAGGCAAAAACGCAGCACAAACAUGCAGAAAAAUUUGUGAAGUUUACGGCGCGGAUGCUGUAAGUGAACGCAGGACGCAGGAGUGGUUUGUUCGAUUUCGUUCUGGAAAUUUUGAUAUCAAAGAUCGACCUCGCUCUGGUCGGCCAGUCACUGAAAAAGUCGAUGAAAUUUUGCAACUGGUCGAGCAAGACCGGCAUGUGAGCUGUCAGGAGAUAGCCAAUACACUAAGAAUCAACCAUGUGACAGUUUGGAAUCAUUUGAAAAAGGCUGGCUACGCAAAGAAACUCGAUGUUUGGGUGCCGUAUGAAUUAACGCAAAGAAAUUUGAUUGAUCGAAUUUCCAUCAGCGAAACACUAUUAAAACGCAAUGAAAUCGACCCAUUUCUGAAGCAAAUCGUCACGGGCGAUGAAAAAUGGAUAAAAUACAAGAAUAUCAAGAAUUCGUAAAAGAUCAUGGGGUAAGCGCGGCGAACCACCACAAACAACUUCAAAGCCUGGAUUGAUGGCAAAUAAGAUGAUGCUGUGUGUAUGGUGGGAUUGGAAGGGAGUCGUCCAUUAUGAGGUGUUAUCACAUGGCCUAACGAUUAAUUCAGAGCUCUACUGUUCACAACUGGAUAGAUUACACGAAGCGAUUAAGGAAAAACGACCAGAAUUGAUAAACAGAAAAGGUGUUGUCUUCCAUCAUGACAACGUCAGAUCACACACAUCUUUGAUGACGCGCCAAAAAUUGAGGGAGCUUGGUUGGGAAGUUUUGAUGCAUCCACCGUAUAGUCCGGACCUUACACCGUCUGACUACCAUUUGUUUCGAUUUCUGCAGAACUCUCUUGAUGGAAAAACAUUGACCGACAAAAGAGCUGCCGAAAAUCACUUGAAAAAGUUUUUCGCCGAUAAACCACAGAAGUUCUACACGGAUGGAAUUAUGAAAUUACCUGAAAAAUGGCAAAAGGUUAUAGAUAAUAAUGGCCAAUAUAUACUUGAUUAAAAUUGAUUUUCAAUAAAGAAAAAUUUCAUU